AUGGCUCGUACUAAGCAGACUGCUCGCAAAUCCACCGGAGGAAAGGCACCCAGGAAGCAGCUCGCUACCAAGGCAGCUCGCAAGUCUGCACCCACCACCGGAGGUGUCAAGAAGCCUCACCGUUACCGCCCUGGAACUGUUGCUCUCCGGUCCGUACGUCGCCGUCAUCCUUUCGAUUUCACGAUUUCUAUGAGCGUAAUUGCUUUUUUUAUCUUUGCAAUGCAUCUCUCACCCAUGGAUUGCCACUGACUAUCACUUUAUCCUCUUUGAUGUUCUUGACAGUGAAAUUCGUAAGUACCAGAAGAGCACCGAGCUUCUGAUCAGAAAGCUCCCCUUCCAAAGGCUUGUUCGUGAGAUUGCCCAGGACUUCAAGGUUAGUUUGGGAGAGAAAUAGAUAUGAAUCUUUCCAUCUGUUGGAAUGAUCCCCGAAUCUGAUCCUUGUCCUCGAAUGGCAGACAGAUCUGAGGUUCCAGAGCCACGCAGUCCUUGCCCUCCAGGAGGCAGCCGAGGCCUACCUCGUCGGUCUCUUCGAGGACACCAACCUGUGCGCCAUCCACGCCAAGCGCGUCACCAUCAUGCCGAAGGACAUCCAGCUGGCUCGGAGGAUCCGAGGGGAGAGGGCCUAG